CUCUGUCGCUAGUGAGCUCAUGUGUCAGAACACACAGUGCCUGCUACAGAGGACACAUCAAGGCAUGGAAAGGAAAGUGUCCCUAGGUGAGGAUCUUACCCAUAUACUAAGGGAGUUCAAUGAUGCCCUGGAGGACUUCUCAAAGGGUCCUUGUGAGUCUGAUGAUUUGUUAAAACAACUAAAAGAGCAACAGACAUCCUAUGACAGAGGUCUUGGUGACUCAAGUACGAGUUCUUCACAAGGAAACAGUCUCAACACAAGUGAAGAGAACUUAAACCAAUCGAUGGCCAGUGCAAGACAGCACCCUAAUGCAAAACUUGGGGACACAAGGGAGCUGGAAAAUUAUAUAGCCGAUCUGGAUAAAGUCCUGGAUGAUCUCUGAAACAUGAAGUGGGAAAUCAGAAAUGAAAGUAGCACUUCCUGUUGCCUCCGAGCAGCAAUUCCUUUUGUGCUGCUGCUCAGCAUAUGAUGAGCAAAUUCAUCUACACCUGGUUUCCCCAAGUAUUCCUUUCUUAAAAUUCUAAACUGAUGCUUUGGGGGGGGGUGAUGCUGCAACCACAAAAUCUUGAUAAUGGAACAACGAAGAGCCAGGCGCAAUUGCAGGAGAGCUAAAGACUUGCACUGUGUUCUGUGCCCUGCACUGGCUUCAUAUUAAGUUAUACAUAGUAAGAUGCAUGGGAGCCCAGUACUCAAUACCAGCCAAUAUACACCCUGCACUCCCUAAUGCUUCUCAGCUUCCAAGUUCUGAAUCAGUAGAGCGAAAAGAAUAUGCACUCAUCCAAUUCAAUGUGGUGAACACAGGGUACCUCCAAUAUUUUAUUGGUGUGGAGUACUAAAUGAUUUUUGUACUCUGCAUCAAUAAAAUAUUGGAGGUACCCUGUGUACGCCACAUCGAAUUUAAUGAGUGCAUCUUCUUUUCUCUCCAUUACUGGUUAACUCUCACUUUAAGUCAGGUGACCGAAGGUAACACCGACAAUUAAGUGUUUAAAAUUUGCAACAAACCAUGAGUGUAUUGAAUCCUAACCUUAUUGACCCAAGUUCUGAAUGACAUACAAGCCAGGGAUGUCCAUGUGCCUUUUUCUCCCCCACCCGUCGUGUUUGCAGCACUAUUCAAUGCAGACACAGAGGCGCAACUCACUGAGCUCCAUUCUGCACAUACUAUUAUAUAAAUAUAUAUAUGUCUUGAGAAAGGUCCAGACUGGACCGAAACGUUGACAAAUAAACUUUGCUUGAUCUCAUUAUGAAGUCCUGGAGAGCGUCAUAUAUAUAUAUAUAUAUAUAUAUAUAUAUAUAUAUAUUCUUUAAAUAAAAACAAACUCUGUCUU